AAAACUAUUUUUAUUUUAUACAAUUGAAGAUAUAGAAUACUAUAGAACGAAUGAACGAUCUUAAAAAAUACAGGUGCAACGAACGAACAACAGCAGAUAUCGCGUAAAGAUAGGAAUGGAUUGUUAUAUUUGCUUCCUAUUCUUUGAUCUCGAUACACAUAUUUAGGUUCAUAUCCUAUACAUCUUUCCUUCAUCCUACAUGUCUGAUAUUUAUAUCCAAUUUGUUAUUCGUCUAAAUAUAGUUAAAUAUAUAGUUAUAAUUUCAUGCGAAGCUGUCUACUCGUUUCUUUUUUCUCUUUUCAUUCUUUUCGUUAGUAAUCAUCAAUUUAUUCAUGCGGUUUUCAUUUUUGUUAUGAUGCACAUAUUAGAUGGUGACAUUUUGAUAGCGGCGCGCAUGCGCACGUUCAUCCGAUACAGAUAGUAUCAAAGGGAUGCGAAUAAAAGGAAAAGAGAUAGAGGAUUACGUGUAGAUGUGUGCACGUACGCGUGCGCGUGUAUUGGUGGAUUGGUAACAGGGUGGUUUCACGUGCGCGCAUGCUCGCAUGUUGGUGUAAGUAAAAUAUAUAGAUAUAUUGGGAGGAGAAAAAGAGAGAAAGAGCUAUAGUAAAGGAGGGUGGUGGCAAUGGUGUACGAGAAGAGAUGCGAAAGGAUUCAUUCGCGAGCAGCGCAUAAACGUAACGUGAAACAGGCGGUUACAGUCGAACGGCAAACGAUAAAUGGUGUAUCGGGUCGGUGGAUGUGGGUGGUAUGUGCGAGUAGAGAUCGUUAAAAACGAAAAGCCCGUAUGAGUGUUUAGGAAUGGCCUCUUAAACGCGUGCAAACUGACAGUGCAAAAAUUGAAAGAAAAAGGAAACGAGAAUCGAGGAAUAAAAAUUGAGGAUACAACGGGUUUCGUAUACGAAGAAAAAUCAAAGCGGAUAAAGUAAAGAAAGAAAAAGAGGAGGAGGGGGGGGAUAAAGAAUACGCGAAAAUAAAAGAUGAGGGACGCGAAAGGAUAGGAUUUUCAUAUUUCCGGGAUAUUUUAUACGUCUUGUAAGAAUGUCUGAAUCAUCGAUGAAAGGGGACAACGAUAUUGGACGUUGUAUUAAGUCGAGGGUGGUUCAGUAAGCACGACACCUACGUUUCCAAGAAGACGACGCCUACGUACCGCGCAAACACGUCGAGAACGCAUUGUAACUGACAGUUUUUAUGCAAAUCAAUAAUUCGAGCACGACGCAGCGAUAAAGUUUGCCUUUACUUUAAUAGAAGUAUUUAAUAUCCCUUUCUUCUCGAAUAACAACGACGGUACGCAACACUUGCCACUCGGAUAGCGAUAGAAAUCUUCGCGGGAUUAUUGAGUGUAAAAAAAGGAAAAUCAAAAGGGUGUUUUUCGAUUAUUAAAUGGCUGGUUAUUAAACCAAACCUUUUGCGUGACAAUAAUCGGUUGCAUGUUUUAAGACAUUUGAGAAAAAUAUUGGCGACGUCGAAUUUGCUGGCGCAUAAUGUGCAACGUUUCUGAGAAAGGGCCGAAGACAAUGAGGCGAAUUCAGUUACAAAGUAAUUCGCGGCGCAAAAGACGGCCUUUGCGCAUAGGUCUCUUCAUCGUAUACGUGUUAGUUCAGUACAUCACUUGUGCAAAAAUACCUGAAGAGCUAACUUCCACUUAUCCCAGUUCUACGGAUCGCGAGGAAAACUGGACCGUGGAAUCUACCUUGGAGACGUUUGCGACCACGGUUGACCUCGAGGAAACGGUCAAGGAGCCGUUAUCGGUGGAAAGCGUAGCGAAGGAAACGGAUGAGAAAAACGAAGGGAGGAACAAGGAGGAGGAGGAGGAGGCGGGCGAGAAACAACAACAACAAGAGGAGAAAGGCAAGGAAGAAAAGAUAAAGAAAGAGGAAAAAUCGAAGGAAGCGCGUGAAAAGUCAAAGGAGGAAUCAGUGGGAAAGGCGGUAGCACCUAAGAAAGAAGUCACAACGAUUUUAUCCAAGAAUGUUCCUAGAACCACAACGGUUCCAUCGACGACCACUGUGAAAUACGAACGCGCAACAUGGAGGCCGAGAAGAGAAAACUGUUCACCGCCGGCGAUCGAACAAUUUCCACGGCCUCUGAUGGGUCCGGAAGCUAGGAAACACGGUGGAUUGAUCAUUCAUAUUUUAGCCGCGAUCUACACUUUCCUAGGCCUUGCCAUCGUUUGCGACGAUUACUUCGUCUCCAGUUUGGAUCGAAUUUGCGAAGAGCUACGAUUGUCUCCGGAUGUUGCUGGAGCAACUUUCAUGGCUGCGGGUUCCUCAGCCCCGGAAUUGGCAACAGUGGUGAUCGGUGUUUUCUUUGCCAAAGAUGAUAUUGGAAUAAGCGGUGUGAUUGGAAGCGCAGUAUUCAAUAUAAUGUUCGUGAUAUCGGUGUGCGGGCUUUGCACGACAACGGUGUCAAAAUUGAAUUGGUGGCCCCUUUGCCGGGAUUGUUUCUUUUACGCGGUAUCGAUAUUGGUAAUGCUCGGUACGAUUUACAACGAAUCCAUAUCAUGGAUGGAAUCCUUGUUCAUGUUGAUUAUGUACGGUGUGUAUUGCGUGGCGUUAUCUUUCAACACUAGAUUGGAACGAUGGGCGAAAUCUUACAAUAUACCUUUUCUACCAAAAGACGAUGAACCGGCGGAAGAGAGCGCUCUCGUUAGUUACAGAUCGUUGCAAGAGGACCGAUUGUCGUACACAGGGCCUUGUUCUCCUACGGAUCAAUAUAAAACACAUGAAGCGGCAACAGGAGGGCCAACCGCACCUGAAACGAACGAAGCAGCACCUCCGAAACAACCAGAGUAUUACAAAGCGAAGGAACCAGAUCCAAACGAAAUAUCGCCUUUGGAGAAGCCUACAGAUGGCAGCAAAUGGACACUUUUCACUUGGGGCCUUGUUUACCCGAUUCACUUCAUGUGCCGCGCAACGAUGCCAGAUUGCCGCCAAGAAAAAUUUCGCAAUUGGUAUCCCUUCACCUUCUGCGUAUCGAUGGUUUGGAUCAGUUUCUAUAGUUACAUCAUGGUGUGGAUGAUCACGAUUAUAGGCAGUACUCUCGGUAUACCCGACACGAUGAUGGGUCUGACGUUUGUCGCUGCUGGCGUCAGUGUGCCCGAUGCUCUUUCAUCGUUAGCGGUGAUUAAAGAAGGUCUUGGCGACAUGGCGGUGAGCAACGCGGUUGGAAGUAACGUCUUCGAUAUUCUAGUUUGUCUCGGGCUUCCUUGGUUUAUACAAACUGCGAUGAUACAGCCAGGCUCGCACGUAAACGUCACCAGCCGAGGUCUGACGUAUUCGACAGUAUCUUUACUGUCAACAGUGAUAUUCUUAGUGCUAGCGACCCAUUUGAAUGGCUGGAAGUUAGAUCGACGGUACGGCGUGAUACUGAUGAUUUGGUACUUGGUGUUUAUCACGUUUGCCUCACUCUACGAGCUAAAUAUCUUUGGUGAAAUGAAUCCUCCGUCAUGCUAUAGCACGUUUUAAAAAAGAAGAAAAACGUGAUUCAAUUACACGCAUAGAAGGGCGACGAGGAAAAUAAGAAGAGAAAGAUGAGAAAGAGGAGUGGAAGAGGGGAUUUGUGUACAUGUGAUGUGAAUGUGUAUAUGUGUGCGUGUGUGUCGUGUGUGUGCAUACAAGCAACCGACAGCAUGCUCGAUGAAAAUGUUCUCAUUGCAUUCGAUCUCAUUACAUUAUAUACGUGCCAUACGGUUAAACCAUAAUGAACAAUUUUUCGAAUACUUUUUUAUAAUUCUUACAUUUCUUUUCCUCUUAUUUCUUUCGUUCAACACUUUCUUAUUAUAUUAUAUUUCUUCUUCUCUUUUUUAUUCUUUUUUUUUUCUCUUUUGCCUUCUGUUUCCAAUCUUGUUUCUACUUUUUCGCUUCUUGUCCUACUUUAAUUUCUAUCUAUAAGUCAGAAUUUGCAAGAAGUAAGAAAGGAAUGGGAAAAAAAAAAAAUUACAAGAUCACGAUUUUGCACCAAGAUCGAAGCGUUUUUUAAAUAAGCGUUUGUCUCGGGAUCUAUUUAUAAACAUGUAUAAGUAAGUACUUGUAUGAUUCGUUUCUUUUACUUUCUUUGAAUCGAUCUAUUCAAAUUUGAGCGAUAUAUCUUCCACAAUAAUGACAUAAAUUUCACUUUUCAAUAAGAUAUUCUCAAUCGAUGUUCGCGAACGAACAAGUUUCUCAGUAUUCCAUCGAAUAUUUCUCUUCCACUCGUUGUUUUGCAAAAUAAUGUUAAUCGAGCCUUCUUUUUAAAAAAAAAAAAAAAAGAAUAAAAAUAGAAGAAAAAAAAAAAAGAAAAAACGAACGUAGAAAAAUCAUAGAAGGCUUGACUCGCGAAAUGAGGUUAGCAUAACUUGUAUGCUUGAAAUGUCGAUUAAACGGACAAUACAUUUAACAGUAUUAAAACGUUAAUAAAUAUUAGGCCAUUUAGAGAAUACUUACAACAGUAAGAUAGAAUUCGUGUUUCGAAUCAAUUCUUCGAAUCGUCGAUGAGCAAAAUAAUUGCAGACUGAAGACUCGAGACAAUCGUUUUCGUUUACUUACACAAAUCUUUUAUUUCGUGGGACGCGUUGCUCCCCCCCCCCCCCCCUUUCAAAGCUGUUUAUUCGACUCUUCCCUAUUCUAGUUUUAUGAUGAAAUUACUUUUCCAAUUGAAAGCGAUUCUUUGCUUCCCUUUAUAUCUAUAUAUAUAUAUAUUAUAUAUACAUUUAUAUACAUAUAUGAUUAUUCAUUGUACGCAUUUUAAAUAUUUUUCGCAACUUGGCAUCGCGUAAUCAUUCGUCCGUCCGUGCGAUUAUUAAUUCAUUCGCGUUUUCAUUUCCUUUCCUCGUUAAUUUAUUCUUUUUUUGCAUAUUAAUACAGUGUACACUAGCAUACAAAAUAAUUAUAAUUAUCGUUUUAAAAGUAAUUGUUCUCUUAUUGUAUAAUCCGCGUUAAUCGUUUUUUGAUCACGCACAUACGCGCAAUGUACGCACACGCGUAUUUUCAUACGCAUGUGCGCACGUUGAUGAUUUGAUGAACGAAUUCUUUCCAAUUAUUACGAAAAAAAAAAAAA